UUCGGCUCUUAUCGAAGAACGUUAUGAAGCAGUCAUCAUCUGUGGCAGUCUCACCUGGCCGGCUCCAUGGCAAAACAAGACUUAUUUAUGUAUUUUAAUUUAUUUUCUGUCGUUUUUCUGCAGCUCUCUUUGUCCUUUGAUCAAGUGUCUGCGGUUUUGGAAAAAAGUUUAGCGGGGCCCACAUCCCAAGAUAUCAGGGUUCAAAACAAUGGGUUGGCUGCCCAGAGCCACAGUGCUGCUUCCGAUGGGGAGAGUUCUUCGCUUAUAGCGGAGGACCCUCUCAGGAGAGUCCUGCAGCCUUAUGAGUGGCAGCUGGACUCCCCACACAGAACCAAACGGAGGCUACUGCAGACAUCCAGCAUUCUUCCUUACUCUCCUCUGAGCGUGGUUUACAACAGCAAAACAUGUAUCCUGUUUAGGGCCAGGAAGCUUGCCAUCAGGUUCAGGAACAGCACCUUAGUGGAUCUCACAGAGAAGGCCUUCGGCCCCGAUGCACCAGUGGACACCAAAGGCUCUAUGUGCAGCAAAGACAAAGCUACGCUUGUACUACGUUUCGGAGAUGUGGAGGACUUGAGAGGACUUGCAAUUAGACUACAAAUGUCCAACACAUUCUAUGAGUCGGCAGGGCAGAACUGGUUCACUCUGGACAGCGUACACAUCCACUACAACUGGACCCAUGAGGCAACGUUCAACGCCACCGAUGUUUACGCUCCUAGUACCCACUCCUACCACUGUCAGCACGUCAGCAGUCUGCAGAAGUACGACACGCUGCUCGUACCCAGCUCCAUCACAGACAACUCUGCAAACUGGCACAUCACCUUCACAGACUUCCAGAUACAAUCGUUCAAUGUGCUGUCCAACAAGUUUGGCUCAGCCAGUGAUUGCGCUACGUUCUUCACCCCAGCUAUCCUCAUGGGUCUGAUCACCUCUCUAAUCCUUCUCCUGGUCCUGGCCUACGCGCUGCACAUGGUGGUGCACCUCAAACACAUCGACACCUACGAAGAACACAAGACCACCGUCUACUUCCCCCGCAGCACAGAAACUGCAGAAUGCACCGGCGCCACCAGCUCCGGCACUACCAGCUCCACUGCCACUGAGAAAAACAGCUUGUAGGACUCCGUUUCCCAGGAUCCACCUCAGUCUCCACCACUAGGUGUAUACUGUAAACUGUUUCUGUAGGUGUCAGAUAGUGACUAUGCAGGGCCUCUGACUGAAUCCUCUGAUGGCUGGCAGACCGACCGACUGACUAAACUCAAUAGAUAAAGCAACCUCCCAUACUGAAGGGCCUGAAAGACAUGGUGAUAGUCUGAACCUGAUAUGGUUGUCCACUUUUGCAUCACUUUGGCUCAGGCAGUGGUUGUUCAAGCCAGAUAGAUCUAAUAAUUUGUGACUCAGCAUCAUCUGGGGGAUUUGGAUACAGCUUUGGAGGUGAUCCGGAGACAUUGACCAGUUAUCGGGCAUUGCAAAGCAAAAACAAACUAAUUAUGUACUCUUGAAUGAAAUUCAAACGGAUAUAAGAACAAGUAUUUAGUUCCUUGUCAGUACUAUAAAUGCUGGUAUAUAUAUAUAUAUAUAUAUAUAUAUAUAUAUAUAUAUAUAUAUACACACGGGAUAAAGAAGUUUCAUUUUAAUAACAAAACCAUACCCUAAAGGGUACAUACCGUAAAGGCAAUGCAGUAUAUACUUAUGUAAUUAAUCAAUCAAUGUGUUACAUUCUGGUGUUUCAGACCUGUGUUUAAGAACAUGUGUUAUUGCGAGCUUGUGAAAAUAACUAUGUACAUUUUGGGCCAUUAUCCACAAAGCAUCUCAGAGUAGAAAAUUCUAAGAAUAGAGACAUUUUACUCCUACUCUUAUUGGUAAAAAUUUAAGAUAUGCAUGAAUCCUCUUUAGUCAUUAGUCCCACCUAGUUGACAAAUUUAGGAGACCUCAUGAGCUGUCCUAACCAGUUAAGAGUUACCAGCAGGUGUCUUAAUAGUAGAAAAAGGUAGCGAGUCAGUGGUUCCUGUGCCACAUGGAAUUGCUUUUGAGUUGUUAAAAUCACAAUUGGUUAUUCCCCAUCAUUUGCAGCAACGUCAAUGAGCGCCACUGUCUUUCCUUCACACGAUCUCAAAAUGUUUUGAUUACCAACUGAGAAACUUUUAUGAGUUGAUUUUACUCCUGGCCAUAUGAUCAAUCCAUAAAAGAAUGUUUUGAUAUUUAUAUAUGAUCAACCCAUAAAUAAUCUAGACCUACAUGCAACAGUAUCUCUUGCUUACUUGACAAUGACUUCACAAGGCCAAUAUCACGUUCAUCAUAACGAGGAGACCAAGGUGAGAAGAAUACAUUCUUCUUUAAUGAAAGAGAAACACUGAACAAAGUAUACAAAAUGUGUUACGGUUUUCUGGUGAAAGAGAGGACCAAAAUGCAGCGUGGUGAUCUUGAUAUAUCUUAAAUGAAGAUGAAAAAUGAACAAUACACAAAACACAAGAAACGUGAAAAACCGGAACAGCCCUAUCUGGUGCAACAAACACAGCGACAGGAACAAUCACCCACGAAACACUCAAAGAAUAUGGCUGCCUAAAUAUGGUUCCCAAUCAGAGACAACGAUAAACACCUGCCUCUGAUUGAGAACCACUCUAGGCAACCAUAGACUUACCUAGACUACUUCACUAAACCACAAUCCCAUAACCUACAAAAAAAAACUAGACAAAACACCACAUAAAUACCCAUGUCACACCCUGGCCUGACCAAAAUAAUAAAGAAAACACAAAAUACUAAGGGCGUGACAAAACGACUGUGAAGCUAUGAGACACGAGUGCUGACAGGCAACUACACAGACAAUAACCC